AGCGCGCGUGCCUUCAAUCACCAUAUACUCGCGCUCAAUCUCGAUGAAAACACGCCUUGUAAAAAGCCUUAUUUUUUUAUUUUUUAUUAACUCGCUACCGAUGUUUUCAUUUUAAAAACCCAACAUUGAUCUCUAAGAAGGCUCAGAGCACCUUAUGCAGGUACUAAGGACUGGAAGUGACGUGAAAUGUUUACCUCAAGUGAUAUUUGACGGGAGUUUUCUUGUUCAUGUGAUUUACAGAACAUUUUUCACUGAAAGAACUUCUUUACGAGAUAAUUCCCUUUUCGGGAAUUGAGUGAUCUUUCGCUUAAUCCUCGUAAAUUGCUACUGUGACGAGUCCCUCGCUACAGGAAGCGAACCCACAACCUCUGAAGUAAUCCGCGAGUAUCGUCACCGCAGGCAUACACCGCUGCCCGCACGCAUAGGAUGAUAGAAACUGACCCUGGUUCUAAGAAACUUCACAAUUGUGAUGUAAAAAGUGACCACCAACUAAACGGACCAAGCUCCAAAUCUGUUGACCUUGGCGUCGUACCGCCGCUGAAGUCACCUUCUAAGCUCGAUCCAGAAAAAGGCUCCGGCUCAGAAAAAGCUGACUUUGAACGGGCGAUAGAACAAGCUGGAUAUGGACGCUUCCACUACAUGCUGCUGGCCGUGUGCGGCCUCGUCAGCACCUCAGAGGAGAUGGACGUCAUCUCCAUGUCCUUCAUCCUACCGUCCGCGCAGUGCGACCUAAACCUCACCACGCAGACCAAAGGAUGGCUGAACAGCAUAAUAUUCAUCGGUAUGAUGGUCGGCGCGUACGCGUGGGGCUCGGUGGCGGACUCGCUGGGCCGCAAGCGCGUGCUUAUAGCCAUCUCCAUCAUCAACGCGUUGGCCAUCGUCGCCUCCUCCUUCAGCCAGAACUACGAACUCUUCAUGCUCUUCCGCUUCAUCAACGGCGCUGCUUUGGGAGGAUCAGGCCCAGUUAUCUGGUCGUACUUCGCAGAGUUCCAACCGAAGAAGAAGCGAGGGGCCAUGUUGAGUUUCAUGGCAGCUUUCUGGACACUUGGAAACCUGUUUGUUGCUGGUCUAGCUUGGGUCAUCAUUCCAAGUGAGAUCGGAGGGGAAACCGGAGGUUUCGUUUAUAACUCAUGGCGAAUAUUUCUUUUGGUGAUGUCACUUCCUUCCUUCGUGGUAGCAGCUUUAUUGUUCCUUCUACCAGAAUCCCCCAAGUUUCUGAUAUCGACUGGGCGGCACGAUGAGGCCUUAGAAGUAUUCCGUGGCAUUUACAUGAUGAAUACAGGCAGGGACAAAGAACUAUAUCCCGUAAAACAAAUUCUGGUAGAUGAACCGGUACACCGAAAACCCGAGAAAGUCGUGGAGGCUAAGGAGCCAAAGUCUAAGUUGAAGAAAAUGAUGGGAGAUAUCAUUGAACACAGCAAACAGCUGUUCGUGCCGCCUAUACUGAAAUUUACUGCUAUUUCCAUUACAAUUAACUUUACAUUCCAUAUUGGAUACUACGGUUUGAUGAUGUGGUUCCCUGAAAUGUUCAACCGUUUCGACGAAUGGUCGAGAACCCACGACAACGCUGAAGCAGAUAUCUGCCAGGUCACGGCCUACGUCACACAGUUCGGCACGCAUUCCACAGAAGCGCGCUGUGACUCGCACAUGCACUCUAAUGUGUUUAUGGACUCCCUGAUCACCGUGGCGGCUGCUAUACCGUCCAACAUCUUCGCUGUGCUGGGAAUGGAUCGACUGGGAAGGAAGUUUUUCUUAGUAUUCGCAACAUUCUCAGCGGGUCUGUGCUCAGCAGCGAUGUACUUCGUGUACAACAAGACCAACAACCUGAUCGUAAGCGCUGUGUUCAGUUCCGUAAUCUCCUGCGGAAACGCGUCACUCGACUGCCUCAUCACUGAAGUCUUCCCCACAAACCUACGUGCAACUGGUGUAGCCAUAUCAAUGGUUGCGGCCAGGCUGGGUGGUAUCAUCGGCAACGUGGUUAUCGCCGCGUUAUUGGACACCUACUGCCCGGCGCCGACCUUCAUAGUUGCCGUACUGCUGGCCAGCGGCGGCCUGAUGUGUCUCUUCCUGCCCAACACUACGAGACAAGCACUGCAAUAACGGAGUAUACAACGUUCCACGUUCUAAAAUCGCGUAUACAUGUGGAAAAAAUAAAUAAAAAAAGUUCUAAUAUAUUUUUAUUAUUAAUGCCAAAAAUAUAUAAACUGAGCAAUAAAAAAAAUUAAGGACGUAAUUAUCAAAAAAAAUGUAUCUGUUAAUAAACCAGAAUAUAAUGACGAGUUAUUUUAAACUAACAAAAUAUUAUAUACUUAGGUCCAAAUUUUUUGAUAAUUUCAUUCUAUUUAUAGGAAAAAUAUAUUAUGUAUAAAAAAUCUUACUUCAUGAUUUGCUAAUGUAAUUAUAUCUAGGUCCCGAUUUCCGGGAUACACUUCAUUCGAAAUUCACUGUUAACUUUAAUUUGUCACGUGUAUUUAGUGCCAAAAUUUGUCACAAAAUGAUAGUUUUUUUUCCGUAUCAAUAUAAUAACGUGGAAUGGUUUGCUAUUGUAAAGUGAUAUAUAUACCAUUUUCUACGCACAAGUCAAUAAUGUAGAUAGUCGAUCAUAUUUUGUACAAUAUAUUUUGUAGUUAUAUUUAAUACGUGCUUCUAAUUUAUAAUUUAAUUGCGAGCAAUUAUUUUCAUAUUAGUCUAUAGAUAAAUAUAUCAAGGUAAAGUGCGUGAUAAAACACAUAUGAAGUAGGGAUCUGUAGUCAUGUCAAUAAAGAACUUAUAAAGAGUAAAGAAAAAUAAGACGAAUGAAUAAAGCAUUAUCUAACAGUCAAACUUGGAGAAUGUCUUAUAUAGAAAAUAUAUAUUUAAAGAAAAGGCAAUUAAAGGAGAAAUGAUUAUUAUUAAAUACUUUAGUAAAUACUAAUUUUAUAAUGAAAACAUUAAUUUUUGAUAAUGUUAGAGAUUUUCUAUCAACAAAAUCCUUUUGAGAUAUAAUAAAUAGAGAUUAUGUAACCGAAGCACCUACAUAAAAAUAUUAACAUAAUUUUAUAAGAAAAUAAAAUACGAUUAUAUAUCAGUCGUAUUUCCUUUACCCUUACUUUGUAUUUCAUCUUUGUCCAUACCUACAUUGUUUUAACUAUUUUUAGAGUUAAUCUUAAAUACUUCAGAACUUGACCAAUAAGUUUAAUAGACUUAACAAUAAUUGUUUAUUGCCUUCCAAGAGACUACGGGUCCCUUAUGUGUCUGUUGUAGGUUAUACCAUAAUAUAGUUUGGUUUAAAUUUUCUAAACAGUUGUUUCAAAUAUUUCGAUUAAAGUAUCGUAGGUUAGGUACGUAAUUUAUCAUAGCAUUGCAUUAUUAUAUUACGAAUUUAUAGUUAAAAUGUUGGUACCUAAGUUGUUUAGUUAAGAUAAAAUAUCAAGAACGCAAAGUAUAUUUAUUGUUCGAAACUAUUUGUUGGAUAUACCCACAUUCAACCAUUAAUUACUGUAUGCAGUGCAUUGUGUCCAAAAACAGUGAAAACGCCCAGUGCAUGUCUUACUUUACAUCCGCGGAAUGUUGCUAGUUUACAAAGAGGUAAAAUAAUUACUGUCAACUGCCAAAUGGUAUGAAGUGAUUAAACGUUUGCUCCAGAAACGAUUCUAAAGUGGAGUGGUUUUUGAUGAUCCAAUAUUAGUUGUUGUGUGUAACGGUUUCUGUUUGUCUUAAUUCUGUGGAACCUAUGCAUUAUCUGUUCUAUGAAAGAACUUCCCGAAAAAAAAAUUAGUACUACUACAAAUACAACUACAAUACACUACUACAAUUCAACCUAUGCAUUAUCUGUUCUAUGAAAGAACUUCCCGUAGGCGAACUAAAAUAUAUGCUAGCGAAAUUGGCCCCUUAAAAAAAGAUGGCGGUCGCAAUUUAUCUUUAUGCCACGAUUUAUGUAUGAAUUUACGUCGUAUAACGAUAAAAAAAACUCUGCCCUGUCGUCCGACUUGACGUUACUAAUAAUUGUCAAGAAAAUUAUAAUGCAAUGCACGAUGCCUUUAAUUGAUCCCCAAUUGUGUUACAAACUCUUAAGUGUUUCCAUUUUCUUUUUUUUUUUUGCAGAUUAAUUUACUGUUAAAUUGCAAUUAAAUGACUUUGUUAAUUUAAAAUUUAAAUUAACACUUUUAUCUAUAAAACUCCUUAUUAAUAUCAAAAAUACAAACUUGACUGAAAAGAAAAAAUGUAGGUAACUGUCCCUACGGGAUUCAUAAAAAACUCAUCAUUAAAUUGAAGGUUUUGCCAAAAAAACGCUGGAAAAAGCGUCAGAUUACGGUACAAUGCAAACCGAACGCGCUGCAGGUGUAAAUCUAGUACUAACAUUAUAGAUCGAGUUUAUUAUUAAUAACACCAGUUACAUACGUAAACAGAAUGUUAACUUGUUGCAUACAUUUUCACUGUAUAAAAAUAAAAUAAAAUUGAUA